AUGCCUUCUGCAGCUUUCCGUUUACGGACUCUCCGAGCAUUUGCUCGCAAUCCCUCCAACCCCAAUGCCGUCCUCGCGCGAUCCUUCUCGGCCACCUCUCGCCGCGCCGAGAUCAACAAGGUCUUCCCCUCCGCCAAGGAAGCUCUCAAGGACAUGAAGCCCAACACAACCCUCCUCUGCGGUGGUUUCGGUCUCUGCGGUGUCCCCGACUCCCUCAUCAAUGAGGUUCUCGAGAAGCCCGACAUCACCGGCCUCACAGCUGUCUCGAACAAUGCCGGCACAGACAGUUUCGGUCUCGGCAGACUUCUCAAGACCAAGCAGAUCAGCAAGAUGAUUGCCUCCUAUAUCGGCGAAAACAAGACCUUUGAGAAGAUGUACCUCACUGGUGAGGUCGAGCUUGAGCUGACCCCUCAGGGAACUCUAGCCGAGCGAUGCGCUGCUGGUGGAAAGGGUGUGCCCGCCUUCUACACCCCUGCUGCUUUUGGUACAGUCGUCCAGACAGGCGACCUUCCCCUACGCAACAAGGCCGAUGGAUCUCCCGAUGUCUACUCUUACCCCAAGGACGUCAAGGUCUUCAAGGGAAAGCCUUAUCUUCUCGAGGAGAGCAUUGACGGUGACUACGCAUUCGUCAAGGCCUGGAAGGCCGACAAGCUUGGUAACUGCCAGUUCCGUCUCGCCGCACACAACUUCAACGGCGCCAUGGGCCGCAACGCAAAGAUGACAAUUGUCGAAGCCGAGCACAUCGUCGAGCCUGGUGAGAUCUCUCCUGAGGCCGUUCACCUGCCUGGCAUCUACGUCAAGCGUGUCAUCCAGAGCACCGAGGAGAAGUCGAUCGAGAAAUACACCUGGGCCAAGGACCCUAACGACCCGGAGGCUACAAAGGCUCUGGGCUCUGGCGAUACAGCUGCCAAGCGUGAGCGUAUUGUGCGUCGUGCCGCUAAGGAGUUCAAGAACGGCAUGUACGCCAACCUGGGUAUCGGUAUGCCCAUGCUCGCCCCCGGCUUUGUCGGUCCCGAGGUCGAGGUGCAGCUUCAGUCUGAGAACGGAAUCCUCGGCCUUGGUCCCUACCCCCAAAAGGGCGCCGAGGACGCUGAUCUGAUCAACGCUGGUAAGGAGACUGUCACUCUCAAGCCUGGCGCUGCCGUGUUCGGUAGCGAGGAGAGCUUUGGCAUGAUCCGCAGCGGUCGUAUCAACCUCACCAUCCUGGGAGCCAUGCAGGUCAGCGCCACUGGUGAUUUGGCCAACUGGAUGCUUCCCGGAAAGGUCAAGGGCUUCGGCGGUGCUAUGGAUCUUGUCAGCAACCCCAGCAAGACCAAGGUUGUUGUGACAAUGGAGCACACAGAUAAGAAGGGCAACGCCAAGAUUGUCAAGCAGUGCGCAUUCCCUCUGACUGGCCGAGCCUGCGUAUCACGAAUCAUCACCGAGUUGGGUGUCUUUGAUGUUGAUUUCGCCAACGGUCUUACUCUCGUUGAGAUUGCAGAAGGCGUCACCGUUGACGAGGUCAAGAGCAAGACAGAAGCUCCCUUCAACGUCGCCGAGGACCUCAAGCCUAUGCUGUAA